GGGUUAGGGGGCGGGGGGAGCGGAUGGUUCGGCCCGCGGCGUGUCGAAGGCUGCUGGCCGCUCGGCGCCUUCAGACAAAGCUCAGCGAGCAGCUAACAUGCUAGCAGGCUAACUGCACGGAGCGGGAACAUCCGCAAAGAUUCGGGUACCGACCCAACAGCCUCGGUCACAAAGACCUCCUUGACCCACAACUCGUCCGUGUAGUUCCCCCCACGGUCGCUCCUUCCCCGUCCGCCCCCCGUGGAGCAGUCCGUAGCCCUCCGGUCGUGCAAUGGGAGUUGGUCUCCUCGGGGGAUCCUCUGAGCUGAACCACCAACACCUGCAGCUCCUGAACUGAUCACACCUGAGCGGCCCUCCCCCCCCUCCCCCCCACACACACCUGAGGAGCCACGUUUCUCACCUUCAGGUCAGGCGCUGCAGUCCCGCGGGACAUUGCCGCGUCCCUCGUCCACCAUGUCGGACGCCCCCGAGGCUGCGCCCGCCAGCCCCCCCACCAUCACCAACCCGCCCCCCCCUGAGGUGUCCAACCCCAACAAGCCUGGCAGGAAGACCAACCAGCUGCAGUACAUGCAGAACGUGGUGGUGAAGACGCUGUGGAAGCAUCAGUUCGCCUGGCCCUUCUACCAGCCAGUCGACGCCAUCAAGCUGUGUCUUUGGGACUACCACAAGGUGAUCAAGAACCCCAUGGACAUGGGAACCAUCAAGAAACGGCUGGAGAACAACUAUUACUGGAGCGCCAGCGAGGCCAUGCAGGACUUCAACACCAUGUUUACCAACUGUUACAUCUACAACAAGCCGACGGACGACAUCGUUCUCAUGGCUCAGGCUCUGGAGAAGAUCUUCCUGCAGAAAGUUGCCCAGAUGCCGCAGGAGGAAGUCGCUCUGCUGCCGCCGGCCCCCAAAGGGAAGAACAAGAGCAAGCAGCCGGCCGCCACCACAGUGAGCCAGCAGGCGGAGUCUUCGGCCUCGCCCCCGGCCUCCUACCCCUCCCCCUCGCCGUCUCAGACGCCCGUCAUCUCCACCACGCCCACACCUGUGCCCGCCACGCCGCCGGUGUCCGCCCCGCAGCCGCCGGCGGCCAUGAUGCCGUCGGCGCAGCCCGUGGUCAAGCAGAAAAAGGGCGUGAAGAGGAAAGCUGACACCACCACUCCCACCACGUCCGCCAUCUCCGCCGGCCGCGCCGACUCCCCGUCCGCUCCGGACGCCAAGCCGGCCAAGCUGGCCUCGUCUCGCAGAGAAGCCGCCGCCCGUCCCGCCAAGGCCCGGCGUGAGACGGUGGAGGAGGUGGCGGGAGGCGACGUGGCCGUAGGCGCGGUGGGGGCCGGCGUCAGGAAGGGCGGCGGCAAGCUGGGCGAGCAGAUGAAGCACUGCGACGCCAUCCUGAAGGAGAUGCUGUCGAAGAAGCACGCCGCCUACGCCUGGCCCUUCUACAAGCCCGUGGACGCCGAGGCGCUGGAGCUGCACGACUACCACGACAUCAUCAAGCACCCCAUGGACCUGAGCACCGUGCGGAAAAAAAUGGAUAAAGGCGAGUACAGCGACCCGCAGAGCUUCGCCACCGACGUCAGGUUAAUGUUCUCCAACUGCUACAAGUACAACCCUCCGGACCACGAGGUGGUGGCCAUGGCCCGCAAACUGCAGGACGUGUUUGAGAUGCGUUUCGCUAAGAUCCCAGACGAGGGCCUGGAGGUCUCUGUCCCUUCCACCACCCCAGUGGUCAGCAAAAGCACCGCCUCCUCCGACAGCAGCAACAACUCCUCCUCCGACGAAUCAUCCGACUCCGAGGAGGAGCGGGCCACGCGGUUGGCUGAGCUACAGGAGCAGGUUGGUGCUGCCGACCAAUCACAGCUGAAGGCUGUGCACGAGCAGCUGGCCGUCCUGUCGCAGGCGCCCGUCAGCAAGCCAAAGAAGAAGAAAGAGAAGAAGGACAAAGAGAAAAAGAAGGACAAGGACAAAGGGAACAAAGCCAAGAUAGAAGAAGACAAGAAGCCCAAGACCAGCGCCCAGCAACCCAAGCCAGCCAAUCAGAAGAAGGCGCCGGCCAGGAAAGCCAACAGCACGGUGACGGCCACCAGGCAACCGAAGAAGGCCAGCAAGACGUCGGGCGGCGGCUCGGCCAACGGCGACGACGGCGAGGAGUCGUCUCUGCCGAUGUCGUACGACGAGAAGCGGCAGCUGAGCCUGGACAUCAACCGGCUGCCGGGGGAGAAGCUGGGCCGCGUCGUCCACAUCAUCCAGUCCAGGGAGCCGUCGCUGAGGGACUCCAACCCCGACGAGAUCGAGAUCGACUUCGAGACGCUCAAGCCCUCCACGCUGCGCGAGCUGGAGCGCUACGUCAAGUCCUGCCUGCAGAAGAAGCAGAAGAAGCUGCUGCAAAAGGCAGCUGGAGGCGGGGCCUCAGGGGGCGGGGCCAGUCGCUUGAGUGGCAGCUCCUCUUCCUCCUCUGACGACAGCUCCUCGACAGGAACCUCCUCUUCCUCCGACACAGACUGAAAGCGCACGGUUGAGCAUCGCCGGAUGCAGACAGACAGACAGGACUGCUCUCACACUCACACACACAGACUGACCUGCAGACCGGAUGUACAUAGGCUGACCUGCUUUAGCUCCCUAGUCUUCCUCUUCCUCUGUUCCUGGACACGCGCCGAGGAAGAGGAGGCCGACGUCUGUCCGUCUGAGGACGUCCGAGCUUCGCUGCCGGAGGAGAACCUCUCCUCCUCUUCCUCGCGGACGGCCCGGCGGCGAGCCCUGACCUCUGAACACAUUCCAGAAUCAUCCUCGGAGCAUCAUGGGAGGACGAGCAGCUGGACGGGAAGAACCCGCUGGUUCUGUGGUCCCGAGGAAGAGGAGGAGGAGGAGGAAGAGGAGGAGCUCGGCGCGGAGCUGUUGCAGAGGGACGAUCCCAUUGGCUGCCUCGGUUUGAUGUCACAACUUGUAGAAGACAAAUCAGCGACGGGUUGAGAAGCGCAGCAGAACCGUGGUUCUGGCGGUCCAGCAGGCGGCGCUGUGGGACGGGGAGGUGGAGCUUGUCUCUCUGCAACACGUUCCUUUUUAUUCCUGAAACUUUUUAAGGUUCUCCAGAACAGAACCAGGAUCCAGUUUGUCUUCUGCCCUCUUGCGGGGGCCUGCGACCAGAACCCCGCCCCGCCCCCCCCCCGUGGUCAGUUUCCGGGUCGCGGUACCAGGCGGCGCCGAGACAAACUGCCUCCUAACACUACAUUUCCUUUUCUCUGCUGUUUGAGUUUGCGGGUCGUGUGCUGAACUCGUUUGUGUCUUCUGAAGUUCUCCAUAUAAAGAUGUUUGUCCCGCGGUUCUGUCCGAACUCUGAUCCCGCCCCCCCUCCCCCGCCCGCCGCCCACCCUGAGGGGAGCAGGAGACCCGGCCCGACAGGGGUUUCCAGAGGCUGAAGCCACAGAGGUUCUGUUGGGUUCUGCUCCCGCCUGAGGAGGUUUUUAGUGUUUUUUAAAGCAGGAAGUGCUCAGAAUGAGGAGACGGAUCCGACGGGAGACUCCGGUACCACCAAGAUCAGCGGGUUCUGUGCUGGUUCUGGUGUCUGCAGCUGCUCUGGGGGAAACGGACCGUCUGUGGUUCUGAUCUGUAAUUGGUUUUGGUCCCGGCUCACAGGUAGAGAGGUGUGGGCCUACCUGCUCUUGGAUCAGAACCUUGUUUGGUCUGAGGAAGAAUCGGCGCCACCUGCUGGAACCGGGACAGAACCGGGCCGGCGUUCCUCUGGGGUUUUUGCCUUUCAGGCGUCUAAUCUUAACGGCAGUCUCUGAUUGGCCGAAGCCGAGGCCCGCCCGCCCCCGUUAACCGAUGAACAGCGUAUCUGCCGCCCUGUGGCGCCCCCUGGAGGUCAUCUGUGUACAGACAGUUCAGUUGAACUCUUCCUCUUUGAAUUUAAGUGUUUUUAUUCAUUUGUACUUUUUUAAAAAAUAUUGAACCAAAGUUCACAGCCUUCCUGGGCGUGUGGGGUCGCCACGGAUCAGCAGCGGCUCCCCUCGGCGUGACGGACGGCGCGUUGCCACAGUGACCCUUCCUGUUUGGCUUUAGUUGAUGGUGGAGCUUUGAUGCUGAUAGUUAAUUUUUGUAUUUUAUAAGAAAAGGAUAAAAGUGAUUUUAUGUAUCUGCAUGCACUCCGGCCGUACGUUCUUUCUUCUGUAUGUUUGAGCACUGUAUAGUAGCUGUAAGUAGCUGUGUGAUAGAUGGAGCUCCGCUCGCUAGAGUCGAGACCAGCGCAGAGGACGAACCGACAACCAUCAAGUGGAUUAUUUGAUGUAAUUACUCAAACAGGAUCCUUAUUUUCUGACUUCAUUUGUUUUCAUAAAUAAACACAUAAACUGAC